ACCCAAAUUCAAUUCACCCGACGCGCCCGCCCGCCCGCCGUCGCGCAUCCCGCUCAUCCGCCGCCUUCUCCCCAACCGCCGCCGCACCCUCUGGAGGCAAGCCAACCUCCGCCUGCUCCGUCGCCUUCCCCGCCACUCCGGGGGACGCCGCGGCCGACGGCAGCGCUCCGGUUCGGCGCAUUUCCUCCCCGUCCUCCGCCUCGCCCUGUGGCCCGCCUGCGCCCGCCGUCUCUUCCGUCGCCGCGGCCUGCUGUUCGGGGGACGGCAGCGGCAAGAAGCGGCGGCGCUGCCAGCUUCUCAGGAGCGCGCCGGGAGAACUCAAAACACCAAACCUCCCAAAUCCUCCCUCCCGGGGCUCCUGGCUCCUACUUUCUAAGACCGCGCGAUGGCGAGGCGCGGGCUGGCGGCUGACGCCGGCGCCGUCUCCAGGGUUCGAUUCGCGCCGUCCUCUAACAACCUCAUGGUCUCCUCCUGGGAUUCGGGGCUGAGGCUGUACGAUGCAGACAAAUCCAUUCUCCGUCUGGAGGCGAAUUCGGAGGCAGCACUUCUGGACUGCUGCUUCAAGGAUGAGUCUGUGGCAUUUGCCGGCGGUUCGGAUGGAUGUGUAAUAAGGUAUGACUUGAAUUUAGGGGCUCAAGAUACAGUAGGGCUGCAUGAUGAUGUGGUUGUCAGCACUGAGUUCUCCCAGGUUACAAGUCAACUUGUAACUUCUAGCCUUGACAAGAAGUUAUUUUUCUGGGAUACACACACAAGAAGUGUAAACCAUAACAACAGUUUCAAGUUAGAUUCAGUGGUGGUAUCACUUUCAGUCUGUGGCAUGUAUAUAUUAGUCACAGAUGAGAAUGACGUUUACUGGUAUGACAUGAGGAAUCUAACAGGACCGAUUAAGGCAAAAGAUUCCCCCUUGAAGCAUCAUAUACGGUGUCUUUGUGCUUCUGCAGAGUGGAACGGUUACGUGGCUGGAUCUAUGGAUGGAACUGUUGCAGUGAAGUAUUUUGACCAUGAUGUAGACAAUGACAUGGGAUAUACUUUUCGAUGUCAUCCAAGAUCAAAAGAUGGAAACUCCAGUUUGGUUCCCAUAAAUAAUAUAGCAAUUCAUCCAUCCAAGCAAACUUUUGUUACUGGAGAUAAUGAAGGAUAUGCCAUUGCCUGGGAUGCUUUAUCAAAAAAGAAACUGCUUGAGUUUCCUAGCUUUUCGGGCAGUGUGGCGUCAAUGGCAUAUAACCAUACCGGUCAACUUUUGGCAGUUGCUUCAAACUAUACUCAUCAAGGAGCAGACAGAGUGUUGGAGGUGGAGGGGCACCAGAUAUUUAUCGAAACGACGCGGGAUUCCAAAAGGGAAAAGUCUCCCUGAGACUGAGAGUAGAAGCUCUCUUCUUACCCAGACUGGUCCAGCCGACUUGUACAACUAAUGAGCCCUGACACUCUAGUCUUUCCCCCCUAACAUUAUUGAGCUGGGCAGAGUGUGUAGCAUUCAUGUCAUCAUGUGUUGUGUUUUGUUGUAUGUAUGUUUAGGCAUUGUUGUUGUUACAUGUGUGCCUUGCCCUGACUCCAACAAAUGAUUGUAGGAAAAAAGUUCAUUUUAAACCUUGAA